AUGCAGGAGUCGUCGUCCUCUGAGGAGGAGGAGGAGGGGGAGCACCACAGGCCGCAGGUCAAGCUGCCGCCGCCCCCCGCCAAGGGCAUCCUCAAGAAGACCAGCUCCACCGAGGCCGGCGCGCCGUCGCACCCCAAGGCGCCGCCGGAGGCAGGUGCGACACGCUGGCCAGAAACGGAAAAGAAAAAGAAGAAGAAAAAGAGGGAAAUGGAGCGCAAGAAGAGCGCCAGGUUCGACGAGAUGAACAUCAUCGCGACGCUGCACCCAGCCGACAAGGACUACGGCCACGACGCCAUAGACGAGCCCAAGACGCCCUUCAACUGGGAGCUCGGCGAAGGGACCUCCGCCACCACCGAGUCGGUGAGUGCCUGCGACCUGGCGUCGAAGCUGCUGUCGCUGAGCUCGACGAUGCCGACGGUGGUGGAGAACCCGGCAGUGGCGAACCACAACACCUCCAACACGUCGCUGUCCGAGGACCUCUCGGACGUGGACCAAGAACGGCUGACGGAAGAUGAAGAGAAGAAGAAGCUGGAGUUCGAGCUGCGCAGGAAGGCGCACUACGACGAGUUCAAGGUCGUCAAGAAGAUGCCACCUCCCGAAGAGAGCGAUGUGGAGGGCGACAACGACGAUUCCAAGAAGAAGCGGAAGAAGGGCAAGUAG